UACGAAGUAAACGCAUGGCGUAACGCAGUGUGUGGGAAGAAGGCGUCGGAAUCGUGCCGCGCAUCCCACAACGAGCCAAGCGCUCUGCAGCUCCGCAGUGCGGUGUGUACUUCAGUCAGAACAAAAUAUGGCGUCGGAGGAUGUGCGCACGCCGAAGUGUGAGAUAGAAGCAGACGGUUGUGUUCCGUUAUCGUCAAUUCUGCGGGCAUUUAGUGCACCCAUUGGUGAGGAACAAGCUUGGGCGCUAUGCUACCAGACUGCAAAGUGUAUGUGCAAAGUGUGGUCUACAGACAACCGCGGAUGUUACGCACUCACCGAUACCAGUCAGCUGAGGAUCCACAAGGACGGGAGUGUGCACAGCUCUACAGUGCGCUGCUUGGGAAAUGCACCGACACGCCCAAUAGCCACUACAGAGCACAAGCUUGUGUGCAGCCUUGGCCUGGUGCUGUUUCACGCUGUCGAGUACGGACUUCGAUCAGAUGAGGACUACGCGUUAAGCCGACCUUUUGAGAUGCUCAUAGACCGAAUGACGUCAGCUGAUCCUGCGCCGGGUUCUCCAACCCAACAUGGUGACCUCCUCAGCUCCGAUGACGAAGACACUUCUGGAGAGGAUGAUUGCCACGACGAAGGCAUCGAGAAAGAUUCUGGGGAGGACGACCCGGGUGGGGGUGACAGCUCCUCACACAAGGGCGGGCUUACAUUAUCCAAAGUUAUUGAAAUGUGUGCAUCACACCUGCAGUGUCCAUCCCAGGCAGACGCACACUACAAGGCUGUAUGUCGAGCACUUGUUGCAGAAGCAUUGGAACUUUCCACAUUCCUACAGACAGUUACCAAAACCACCAAAAACCUUGUACCCAGUAGUCAGCUAGAUGAUACGGAACGCUCAAAUUUGGAUGACUUACAAUUCAAAGAUUGGGCCAGGUUAUGGAUGCAAGUAAUAUGGGAGCUACGGCGAGAAGUGAAACUAAAAAAGGUGGAUGUUGAGACAAAUCUACAUCCUGUUGAAUAUGAACUCACUCCUUAUGAGAUGCUGCUAGAUGACAUUCGAUCCAGGAGAUAUAAACUAAACAAAGUUAUGGUAAAUGGCAAUCUUCCUCCUCGAGUGAAGAAGGAUGCCCAUGCUGUGAUCUUAGAAUUUAUCAGGUCUCGACCUCCUCUUCGGCCGGCUUCGAGAAGAAAAUUAAAUCCUGCACCGUCACGCGUGGCCAGUGCAUAUGAUAAGUUGAUGGCAUCCAUCAGGCAACCACAGGCAUUACGACUACGGCCAGUUCAGAGGACGUGCGGGUCUGUGGAGACGUCGAGAACAAAGCUUGGAGAGAAUGACUCCACCCCAGAGCCAAGAAAACGGCUAAUUGCAGCAAACCUAACUCUUCGGCUUUCGACCAACUUUGAUGAGGAUGAUCCAGACGACGCACCACCUUCCCCAACCAGCAAUCAGCCAUGUUCACUUCCUGUACAGCUGACACAAGCCCCAACGAGGCCCAACAAACUGGCCAUACAGGGCAAGAGCAGCAGCAUAGAAACUCCUUCGACGUCAAGCCUCAAACAGAAGCUGGAAAGGAGGCACAGCAUCAUGGUGUGUGAGUCUCCCAGCAAGCACCCACGUGGUAAGAUGCUGUACCGUGGGCAAAGUGUGGCAGGCUCCUCUUCGGCGCAUGCACAUGGCUCUUCAGCAGUAUCCAGUGGCAUGGCACAGCAGUCGAACAAAGACAAAUGGAUGCUGGGCCAGUGGGAGAAAUCUAUGGAAUGCCUUUCUCUAACUCUUGAGGAGGUGGUUCAUAUUCGCAAUGUCCUCACCAAGGCUGAACUAGAAAGUCUUCUCAUCAACAGGCCUCUUUAUGAGGAAGUGGAAAAAAGGAAGGUUUGCUUCACAUGCAAAAAGACACGAUUUUCAUUUUUCCGGACAUGGGGUGUGAAAUGCAAGCUGUGUGACAGAACAAUCUGCGAAAAAUGCUCUACAAAGAUGCACAUACCUACAGAUCGUUUUGAUCGAAUUCCUGUCUACAUGCUGAGCCCUUCGGCUGUCCUCACAGAAGAGUACUCUCCAGCACAUACUGCACAAGAUGUACCAUCUGCAUUCCAGCUUACAAGUGGAUCCGCUCCAUCAUCCCCGGCACUCAGUCGUCCACGUGAACAUUCCCACGGUGACACAGAAAACCCUACCAUCAAUGCACGUCUCAACAUCCCUGUGUAUCCACCACCAAGCAUGGUGUCCCAGACUACCACGAGGGUGCCAAAAUUACGACACUGCAAGACAAUGCGAACUGUAAGCAUCCAUGGAGAAAAAGUAGCAGCAACAGGACAUGGAGUGAGUGACACAAAGCAAGAAUCACGACGGCCGCCAUUGCUACGUUCACGCACCUUUAUACAAAAGGUAGUAUCUCCUGAGGAAGACCAGUUGCGGGGACCCCUUAUGACUGUCUGCAGGGACUGCAAGGGGAUGAUACGGCACAUUAUCCUGGCUAGCAGAACUGCUAUGGCAAAGUCACACAGGCGAAUACCUGCCCACUGGCCUCCCAAUACUCUGUGCCUCUCACCUGUAACACAGUCACCACCAUCAACACCAGUCAUAUGCCAGUAGCAAUAUGUGUGAUCUUCUGACAUUUUGUUUACGUUUGUACCGUUGCAUGCUGAGAAAAACAGUGAUACUUUGCAUUCUAGUUGAUGGCAGUAGUGCAUUUUAGACUGCAUGUUUGUGUGUGUGUAAAUAAAGGACAGUAACUAGGAGUUCUUCAACAAAAAAGGGAUGUCGUUACAGCUCUAUGUUGCCUAUGUUUGUAAAAGCUUGACCAAAGCAGCUUAGUCAGUGACCCCCAGCUAACAUUAACACUGGCUAGGAAAGUGCAAGAUUUAUGGCUCUAAGGGGUCCUUUGCAGCAGCUAAAUGUGUGUUACAUAAUAACGAGAGUUGGCCACGUAUGUGAGAACACUAAUUUUGAAAUACUAUCUCAGCUAUCAGAUUGAAAGGGCAGAACACUGCUGGUCAGUUCCUGCAUUACAGCAGUAGCAAACAUGUGAACAUGCAGAUUUAAAAUUAUAGAAAUAUUGUGCUCUUCACCACAAGGUUGUUGCUCAAAAUGUACUGUAGACUGCUAUCAGGCCUCAUUACUAACAAGGGCUAUCUGGCACAUGCUGUUUCAUUAACCUGCUGCCUCAGGUCCAAAGUGAACAACCUUACAAGCUUGACUUGCAUUAAAGUUGUACAUAUUCAUGUGGAAUGCCACCUUGUAGGGCUUUGUUGUAAAUGUUGUAUGCUCUGUAACCCAGAAAAUGUGCACAAAUAUGGGUAGUCGUGUACAGAUACUUGAGGCAAAUUGCAUAUUUCCCCACAAGAUAACAUGCAAAGUGAAAAUGUGUGGUUGUAUUUCUCAUUGUUACGUGCUUGUAUGAAGAAAUCCCCCCCCCCCCCUCCCAUUUUGUAUUCAUACACUUCUGCCCACUCAUUAAUUUGGAAAGCUUAACAUUAUUGCCCAAACAUGGAUUUUGUUUUAGUUGUUUUUAGUUUGAAGUGUAAAUCGUUUCCUUUUCCAUUCCACAAGAGUUCGAAAGUUGUAAUCAUGAAUGUGCUUUUUUUUUUCAGGGGGCACUCCUAGAAAUAUUGCUGUGUGAUAUGAUAGCUGUGUGUUGGGCAGUAGCUGCGCUUAUAUAAAUGAGAGCACAAAAUCAAUUUUUGUGUAACUUGUAACUUGACAAACGAUUUUCGCGUGGCCAUCGAUAUGACAAAAAAGUUAUGAUAAACAGAUAUGUGAUCUGUGGUUUUCCACAGGCAGCACAGUUUGCUUUCUCUUUGUCAUGUUUUCAUUCAGAACGUUGAAUUUUUGAAAAUGUUAAUGUGGGGGGGAUUUUAUGAAUGUGUAGUGGCUGCUCGAGAAUGAUGUUGUGUGUGGUUCUGGCAGGCUGUCAAAACUUUUAUUGCAGUCAUUGUAGUGUAGCAUUCUGUGGAGUUUAUUUGCUCUUAUAGACAAAUUUAGAUUAUUGAUUUAGAUAAUAUAGAUAUACACUGCCUGAUAUAAAAUUGUGGAGUACUUAACAUGCUCUGGGUCACUGAAUGUACAUUGCUAUGAAGAAAGUUGAGGCAGUGGUGAGACGUAAUUAUUUAUGAACAGUGCAUGCAGUACUUGACCAAUAAAAGACGGUUGUGUACAAAUUCA